UCUUACUUGGAACUCAGACAGGCAGACCGUCGUCACACACACAGUCGCGGCGAACAGCGGCUCCCGGAAUUCCCGGGUGAGAAGGGCAGAGCGAUCGAGCCAUCACUCCGCCGGUAGCAGAUGGGGAGGCAGCCGUGCUGCGACAAGGUGGGGCUGAAGAAGGGGCCGUGGACGGCGGAGGAGGACCAGAAGCUCGUCGGCUUCCUCCUCACCCACGGCCACUACUGCUGGCGCGUCGUCCCCAAGCUCGCAGGGCUGCUGAGGUGCGGGAAGAGCUGCAGGCUGAGGUGGACCAACUACCUGAGGCCCGACCUCAAGCGGGGGCUACUCUCCGACGAGGAACAGCAGCUCGUCAUCGACCUGCACGCGCAGCUCGGUAACAGGUGGUCCAAGAUCGCGGCGCAGCUGCCCGGAAGGACGGACAACGAGAUCAAGAACCACUGGAACACCCACAUCAAGAAGAAGCUCCGCAAGAUGGGCAUCGACCCCGUCACCCACCGCCCGCUGGGCCAAGAGGCCCCUCCUCCCCUGCAACAUCCGCCGCCGCCGCCGACCGCCACCUCGUGGCAGCAGCUGGACGGCGCGGAGCGCUCACAGCAAGCGGAGGAGGAGGACGUGAAGGCGGUCCCGCUGAUCCAGCCGCACGAGGUCACGGCGGUGCCGCCCACCGCGAGCAGCAACUGCUCUGUUUCCCCUGCCUCGGUCAUCUCACCGUCCUGCUCCUCCUCGUCCGCGGCGUCCGGCCUGGAGGCGGCGGAGUGGCCGGAGCCCAUGUACCUCUUCGGCAUGGACGGCAUCAUGGACGUCGGCUCCGGCUGGGACGCCGGCUUCGUCGUCCCCGGUGGCCUGGGCGUCGACCCGUUCGACCACUACUACCCGGACCCCGCCGGCUUCGACCAAGGAGCCUGGCCGUGACGCCAUCGAUCCUACCAGCAAUGCACAUAGACCGAUCAUAGAUCCGCUUCUUUCGCCAGUUCGAUCUCCCGUUCUCCCCUCCCCUAGCUAGCAGCUUAGUUCCAUGUCUGAAUGUUACCGCCAUGCCCACCUGAGCUUUUCUUGGAACUCGGAAGAAAUGCAUGAUCAGGCCAUGCCGAUCCAUGCUCGGGUGUUUGCUGAAUGAAUCUCGAUAAAGAAAGAGGAAAUCCCGACGACCGUGUUGUGA